CAGAUGCCAAUAUCAACUAAUGUGUACUGUUGUCACACACAUCUCGUGCAUGUUCACUUGCCGUUAAAUUAUAUGCGUGAAGGUUAAGGUUUUUAAGCCAAACAACAUUUACGUAACUGAUGACACAUCAAAGGUGUUUGUACUGCAGGCUGUCUACCUGGCUUGGUUUGCUAUUUGACAAAAGCCAUGCAGACCAAUGCACAAUAACCCGAUUUUGGACUAAAAUACACCACACAACCAACACGUGCUUAUUGAUUGGAUAUAUAAACUAAAAUGCCUAACUUUCGAGGAAAUAAACGGGGCAAUUGGAUUAGUCGAUCACUUCUUGGCUGUAGUUCAUUUGUCUAGUAUGUCGGAACGUGAGGAAUUACUGUCGUCGGUAACAUCAUAUUCAUAUGGAGGUACUUCGUCGUUUAAUGAAAGGCAAUCACAGAAGUCAAGUCAUUUGUUAAUAGAAGAAUCGGGAGAGGACGACAACUCAAUCGGCCAUUACCCUUCAAGCGAUUUAAUCAGCGUAGUAAGUGCCGAACAGCAUCUAACUGUCAGCGAAAUCCAACGGGAAGUGACCAAAGCUAAGCAAGGUGCAAUAGCUACAUUAAUAGCGACGGUAGUAUUUACAGUUCUUAGCUUGGUGGCAUCUGAAGAAUCGGACAGUUCUGCAGCAUUUGGGUUUGCUUUUGAGUCGCUGCUUGCUGGUCUUGCGUCAUUUAUUAUAUUAUGGCGAUUUUGGUCGAUGAAAGAGCUGGAAAGUCGUAACCGAAGACGCGAAGUGAUUGCAUUAUUCGCUAUAACGUCUUCGUUGAUCAUAUCUGGUGUUUCGGUCGGUUAUAAAUCAAUAAAGGCAUUGGUUCUGACUGAAAAACACAAAAAAUCUAAAUUGUUGUUAAUCCUAUCUGCAGUAUCAGUUGGAGUAUACCUAAUUUUGUUUGUUUACAAGCAUAGAAUAGCCAAGAGACUAUGCAGCAGAGCCUUACGUACGGAUGCCAUAGAUGCAUUGUGUGGUGCUUUGCUGGCUCUCAGCAUUGUUGUUACUACGUCAACUCGGGAAUUCACAACGAAAGCAUGGUUUCUUGAUUCCGUUAUAGCGCUUGGUGUAGCUGUGUUUUCGCUUUUCUACGGGUUUUAUUCUUUGGUACAUUUUGUGAAACUAUACAAAAAAUAUAAAUCCUGGUCUAUGGAAGAAAAAAAACUUGUGCAUCCUGAACUGUACCAACAAGUAUAUGAAUAAAAAUAGACACUUGCCGAAUUGUUCCAAUAGAUUUCAUGCCCACCUCGUUUCCAAGCUAUUGUUUUGUGUGCCACUCAAGCA